AGUCCGCGUCUUCAUCAACGUUCACGGUCUCCAUUGUUCUCGACCGCUUAAGUCGACGGUGCAGGCGGUCACGCCUGUCAUUAUGAAGCUACCUCGCUCACUCCUUUCACGCGGGGCGCGUCGAACCAACUAUCGCACCUCUUCGCGCGCGUUCUCCCUUGCUACUGCUCGUGAGCGUGGCGCACCCGUAGACCUGCACCCCGAGGUGGAGGACGCACUUAAUGCUGGACGACCCGUCGUUGCUCUCGAGACUGCAGUCAUUACGCACGGCUUCCCGGCACCGCGCUGUCUCGAGCUCGGUCGCGAUCUAGAGGGGCUCGUACGCGCAGGCGGCGCCGUCCCGGCGACGAUCGGGUUCGUUGGAGGGCGCGUGAAGGUUGGCCUGACGUCCUCUGAGCUGGAGCGACUGGCAUACCGCACGGAGAACCCGGCGAAGGUGUCGCGCCGUGAUGUGGCUGCAGCGAUCACGGCUGGGGCGGACGGAGGGACGACAUGUAGCACUACGCUCAUAUUCGCGGCGCUGGCCGGGAUCAAGGUCUUCGCUACUGGCGGUCUCGGUGGCGUACAUCGAGGGGCAGAGACCACUAUGGAUAUCUCAGCCGACCUUCACGAACUGACUCGUUGUCCGGUGGGACUGGUAUCCGCCGGUGUCAAGUCGAUCUUGGAUAUUGGAAGGACAUUGGAGUACCUGGAAACUCUUGGAGUACCCGUCAUAUCCUACUCGAAGACGCGCGACUUUCCCGCCUUCUUCUCUCCGCGCAGCGGAUUUGAGGUACCUUGGAACGUGAACGACCCAGCCAGCGCGGCAAAGAUCCUGCAUACCCACUGGCAACUAGGCAUGCAGAACGGCGCCAUCUUCGCCGCGCCGAUACCAGAAGAGUACGAGGCGGCAGGUCACAAGAUUCAAGCUGCUGUAGACCAGGCCGUUGCCGAGUCUGAAGCGAAUGGCGUUGCCAGACGCGGCAAGGAGGCCACUCCUUGGUUGCUCAAGCGCGUCAGCGAGCUCACUGGUGGCUCGUCGGAGGCAUCCAAUGUCGCACUCCUCAAGAACACUGCGUUCAUUGGUGGCCAAAUUUCGGCCGAGUACGCGAAGCUUACAAAUGGGAAUGACAUUACAACUACCUUUACACCACCGCCAACUUCCUCGACCAUCCGGCAGCAUGCUCCCCUGAAGCUCGAGCCAUCGCCUGCAACACUGCCACCUGCAAAGCUCCUGGUUGUUGGUUCUGCAGCCGUCGACCUGACCUCUCAAGCCGCACCUUCUUCGAAUGACCAGCUUGCCGCUCACUCUACCGUUCCCGGCACAGUCGUAUCCUCCCUCGGCGGCGUCGCGCGCAAUAUCGCUGAAGCUGCGCACCGCUGCUCUGCAGACCCUCAGUCGACCUUGCUCGUCGCGCCGCACGGCGCAGAUCCUUUCGGAACGCUUCUGAAGGACGGUACGCAGAGUGUCGGUAUGCGCUCCGACGGACUCAUGCAGACUACGGGCUCGACGGCCGUUUGCAGCUUGAUGCUGGAUGGCACGGGCAAUCUAGUGAGCGGUGUUGCGGCCAUGGAUAUUACGCGGGACUUCGAAGCGGAUACGGUUGUCGAGCAAAUUGAAAAGCACAAGCCCAACGUCGUAGCUCUGGAUGGAAACCUGUCACCAGAAACGCUGACAGCAGUCGUUCGCUACUGCUACAAGCACGGCAUCAAGACCCUCUUCGAGCCCACCUCCCUCACCAAGAGCACCGCCAUCCUCUCUGCUGCGUUCGACUGCCUCCCGCCCACCGGCGGCGUCGCUCCAGUCACCUUCGCCACUCCAAACCUCAUCGAGCUCGAGCACAUGUAUCGCACCGCCGUUGCCGGCGACCCCUUCGACGCCAUGUCUCACAAGGGCUGGUGGGCCACGCUCGACACUCUUGCUCUGAACGACGCCUUCCGCAUGGAUAUCGAGCAGCUUUCUCGGCAGCCCGCCUUCGAUGCGGGUGGCGAUGAGAGCUUGGGCAAGCUCACUUUCCUCCGCGAGCGUGGCGUUGCGCAGAUGGCCAUUAACCUCCUACCUUUCUUCGAGCACCUGAUCGUCAAGUUGGGCCCGCGAGGCGCACUUGUUGCGAUGCGUUUGGAUGACAAGAUGGGCACGUCGGGCUGGGCGAAUGAGCGGAGCAAUCCUCGCGGACGCUAUAUUGUGGCGCACGGACGGGACAGCGCGAAGGUCGUUCUGAUGCACUUCCCCGCUUUGCCUGCUCCAGGGAUUGUCAACACCACUGGCGCAGGGGAUACCUUCGUGGGAAGCUUCCUGAGCGGCAUAGUGGUCAAGCCGGACGCAACGCGCGAUGUGGACACCUUGAAGAUGCUCAUCAAUGCCUCGCAAAGGGCAGCGGUCAUGACAAUGCAGAGCCAGGCUGCCGUCUCGCCCCUGUUGAAACCGACGGUUAUAUCAUAGGGGAGGGAUAACAGGAUGGCAUUAAUAUGAUCUAGAGUACGCUCAAGUAAUCUAUUCCACUGUCAGAGUUCCCACCUUCACGUCCUCACGAGCUCGUCUGCGGCGCUCCUUCUCGGCUGUCGCAAGCGCCUUUGCGAGAUCCUUCGCCUUCUUCUCGUACCGAGCCUGUGCGCCAUGCCGCAAGCGAGUGAUGAUGUUGGCCGCCUCACCCUUCGUUAGCUCGGCAAUACGCCUCUGCUGCGCCACCGCCUCCCCUUCGCCAUCGAGCGCCGAAAGGGCCUUCUUCCACCGCUUCUUGAUGAACUCCUUCUGCCCUGGAGUGGCAGGUGCC